AUGCGAUCCACACCACAGCAUGCACCAAGAAAUCGUAGAGGAAAUAUUAUGGCAAAUGACCCACCCAGGACUAGACCAAGACCCGUAACUCCUGAAAUGGUCGCAACAGUAUGUGCAAUGUUUCCAAACAUUCCCCCGGUCGCAGUACAGUAUGAUCUUCAAAAGACAGGCUCUGUUGAAGUUACCUGUGACAACAUUCUUCAACACGGUGGUCUUCCCUUGCCACCUCCUACUGUUGCUUCAUCAUUUGCAAUUCCUUCGACGUCUCAUGCCUCCUCAUCAUCAACAACUAGCGGGAUAAAUGUACCUGUAACACACCAAUCUCUUGUAGAUAGAUAUAAGCUACAAGAUGCAGUUAAAAAAGGCAUUGUUCCACCAGAUCCACCUAAAACAUGGGAAUCUACUCCCGAAAAAAGACAAGAAUUAUUGCAAAAGAAGAAAGAUGCAAUGAUUUUACAAGCUAGAGAGAGAUACCUACAAAAACAGCCAAAAAAACAAAAUGAAACUCAAACCAAAGUAAAAAAUUAUUUCGAUGACUCUUCUUCUAUAUUCACAUUAUCAACACAUUCAUUGACUCAUAAUUCUCAAACCAAUCUAAAUAAUGACGAGCAAAAUCUUUAA